GAGGCUUUUCUUCGCUGCUUGGCUCAAAUACCGGGUCUCCACUGCUGAGGGGACGGUGUAGAGAGCACUCCUCAGCUUCCACCAUUCCCGAUCCUAUCCGAUCGUUGCUCAAGUCCGUUUCUUUCAUAUUGUCUUCUCUGCUCUUCGUGUCCAAGGCUUUUGAUCUACGACAUAGACAGCUUUCACUUUCAAAAUCUCUUGUUGAUGUGAUCCUCUACAAAGAGGGCGAUCUCCACGGUCGGCCUUCACCUCGGCGGCCAGAUCGCUUGUUCGCUUUACUUCAACUCACAACUCACAUUCACACCUAUAUCCAGUGUAUGACAAGCAUUGGCCGCAGACAUGGGGGGAACUGGAAUUGACCCGCUUUUGACGGGGAUCUGCGAAGGACUGAAAUCAAAGAACAAGACAGUCCAAGGAGAAGCGUGCAAGCAAUUGCGUGAUCAAGUAACUCUGGUUAUUAGAGAUAAACCGACAGAACAGCUUAGAGAAUUUUGUGACACCGUGUGCAGGUCUAUUGGGCAGCUGAUCCUGCAUGGUGACCCGAAUGAAACUCUUGCUGGGCUCCUGGCACUAGAUAGCCUGACAGAUGUCAUCCCAGGCAACGCAGCCCAAGUUGUCCCCCGAUUUGCCAGCUUUCUUAACAGGGCCUUACAAAAUGACGAUCCCCGGAUUCUAAUUUCGGCCUCAAAAUCAUUAGGGCGCCUCGUUCCCCAAAGCGAAUUCCUGGCGAAGGAGCUGGUGAGAAGUGAGGUACGGUCGGCUUUGGAGUGGUUGCAGUCCGAAGGAAAGACCAGCAACCGGCUGCUGGCUGCAUUCCUUAUUAUCAAGGCGCUGGCGGACAAUGCCCCUGGCUUGAUGCUCACCCAUGCUGUUGAAGUAUUCGAAUUUGUAUGGAUUGGACUUCGCGAUUCUGACCCGCUCGUACGGGUGACAGCUAGUGAGGCCACCGGGGAGUGUCUGAGUUUAGCCAGCGCGCGAGACAAAUGCCUCGGUCGGCAAUGGUACAACCGUUUUCACGAAGACAUACUCCUCGGGCUCCAAUCGAGCGAUGUUCAAUGGAUCAUUGGAUCGCUGUUGCUCUGGAAGAAAUUAUCCAUCCACCGUGGUAUACUCACCAACGAGCGAUACAAGAUUACCUGUCACCUCAUACUGCUGCUUAGCAGCCACCGAAACUCCCAGAUUCAGGAGCAGUUGAUCAAGACUCUACCCGCCCUCGCCAUUCAAUAUCCAGCCGUAUUUGCGCAUAAUUACCUACAACCGUCCAUGGCUGUCCUAAAGGCGCAAUUGAAGAGCAGUAAGGAACGGGACGCCGUCUUCUAUACAAUUGGAGAGAUGGUGAUUGCUCUGGGUGAUGCGAUGACCCCAUAUUUGAGUGAUAUCUCUAAUUACCUUCGAGAAGGACUUCGGGUGAAGGGAAAACAUCACACACAUGCCAAUGACACAUCAAUCCUGAGCUGCAUCCGCAGUUCAUCUCUAGCGCUAGGUCCUACCUUCUCAAUCUACGCCCAGGGACUUAUUGGGCCAAUGUUGACUCGCCCUUUAACCCAGGAGCUUCGAGAUUCCCUAGAAACAACAGCAGAGCACAUUCCUUCCCUAAAGCCUUCCAUCCAGGAAGAUACCCUUGCCCUUCUGGAUAAGAUACUUCUCGCCCGCGACAACGGCCCACGGAGUGACUCGAAGACAAAUUGGCCCGGGAAAGCUGGAACCAAGGACAACUGCACCCUGACUCACCAGUCGGAGGAAACGAUCGUUUUUGCUCUCAAAGUGUUAGGAGACUUUGACUUUGGGUGUCUUUCAACCCAUGAUCUUGUCUGUAGGGCCAUGUUCAUGUACGUGGAGCACGACAACUCGGAGGUUCGGAAAACUGCCGCAUUGACUUGCUGUCGAUAUCUCUUGAGCGAGCUCUUGCUCAAGCGUCCACACAUUCAUCGCAUUCCUUCCGACGUUAUCAGGAGACUCAUCUCACUCGCUAUGGGAGACCCCGAUCCAAACAUUCGAGAAGCCGUGCUAUUGGCAUUUUCCAGCGAUUUUGACAGAUGGCUUGCACAACCGGAACACAUCCGCUCCCUUUUUCUGGGGAUCAAUGACGAGUCUUUCCCUGUGAGAACCGCAGCGAUGUGUAUACUUGGGCGCUUAUCGAGCAUUAAUCCUGCCUAUGUCCUGCCGUCUCUCCGAAAGGUUCUUCUUAAUUUACUCACGGGUCUGAUGUUGACCAAGUCUGUUUCCCAGAGGCUAGAGAUACUUAAGAUGAUCAAUGCUUUUGCCGCCAAUAGCACAUCGCUGUUAGAGGCAUACGUCCCUCCAAUUUUGGAUGUCCUACUACCUAGGGCCAUAGAUGAUAGCGAGGCUGUCGCAACUGCAACCUUGGAGGCCAUUGGGAACCUUUUCAAAGUUGCGGGACCAUCGAUGCGCGAGUACGGGUCAAGAUUGAUGCCCAAUGUGUUGUGUUCUCUCGCAAGUCUGACCUCCAAUACUCGACGUGAAGCGGCCCUGGAAGCUAUUAGUCAAAUUGUGCAAAGUUCGGGUUCCACUAUCCACCCUUACGUCGAGUAUCCCGAGCUCCUGCCUGCUCUCACCAAGAUGGUUAAGGUCGAAGAAGUAGAGUCUAUUCGAUUGUCCACAAUAAGGCUCCUUGGGACUCUGGGCGCUCUAGACCCAGUCAAAUGUUUUGAAUCCAAUGAGUCCACGCUAGAAAUGCAUCGCGUCAACCAGGCUCCCAAAAAGCCAAACAGUGAUUACACCAUGCGCCCACUCGACCUGAACGACACAGAACAUUAUCGAAUAGACGUCUUUGAUGCCCUUUUGAACAAUGUCUUGGCUCAAACCUCCUUGAAACGGUUUCACCCAUCUGCCAUAGACGCCAUGGUCAUGGUUUGCAAAGUCACGGGAAUGGCAUGCGUAUCCUUCCUCGAUAGAGUCAUACCAUGCUUCAUCUCUGUGAUCCAAGCGUCCUCUCACGAAACGUUGGGAUAUUACUUCAGCCGGCUAAGUGCUCUCGUGGAUGUGAUCGGGGCCCAUAUUCGUCCUUACCUAUCUGAUGUUAUCAAAACGAUUCAGAGCUUCUGGGACAAGAUGAAUCAAGCGCCUCUUGCCUCAUUGAUAGAAACCUUAUCAAUACAUAUGGGGAAUGAAAUGAAGGGGCACCUCAGCGCGCUGCUCCCUUUGAUGAUUGCUACUCUUGAAAUAGGGGCAUCGUCUGCAGCGCAGCGCGUCCUCCAUUUAAUUGCUUCACUUGGUGGUACGGUGGAGGAAUAUAUGCAUUGCAUUAUCCCUGCCUUGCUACAGCUUAUUUCCAGCUCAAGCCACUCGACAGAACUCCGCAAGUCAGCUAUCGAUUGCGUCACGGAUCUGUCAGAUGAAGUCGAUUUCUCCGACCAUGCGUCAUCUAUAAUUCACACUCUGACUGGUGUUCUUGCGGGUAAAGACCAUGUUUUAGUGCAUGCCAGUAUGGAAUGUCUCUGCGCCCUUGUGCAUAUUAUGGGACCUGACUUUAUAUGCUAUACUCGCGCUAUCAACAGAACACUCACACGUCACAAUAUCGUUCACGACGGGUACUCAACGCUGGUACCGAAGCUUCAGAAUGGAGAAAGCCUACCUUCACGCUCAGGCUCGCGGAGCCUGUUCGAACGCAGCGAAGCUGGCUGUGCACGGCCUCACACUCGGCAAAAAGAAUUGAAUAUCAACCUAAAGCGUCUCAAAAAUGCUUGGGAUACUUCGCGCGUCUCCACCACUCGAGACUGGCAGCAGUGGAUGCAGGAGUUGACAAUGCAUCUACUGGAGGAAUCUUCCUGUCCGACUGUCCGGGCUUGUGCGAAUCUUGCGGAGUUGUACUACCCUUUGGGGAAGAGUCUAUUUAACACAGCCUUUGCCUCGUGCUGGACCGCCCUUCCCCAGGAAUACCAACAAAGCCUUUCUGAAGCUCUGAAUAAUGCCUUCAUAUCACCUACUGCACCCCACGAGAUUGUUUCCACGCUUCUGAAUUUAGCGGAGUUUAUGGAUAGAACUGACAAGGUUCUUCCCAUCAGAACGCAGGAACUGUCAUAUCACGCAAUGAAGUCCCACGCAUACGCCAAGGCUCUCCGGUACGAGGAAUUGCACUUUGACGAGGAGCAAAACAUGCAAACGCUCGAGACACUGAUGGCAAUUAACAACAAUCUUCAACAACCCGAUUCCGCCCAUGGUAUUCUUCGCACUUCCCACGAACUUGGGAACAGUGGCACUCAGGAAAACUGGCUCGAGAACUUGCAUUACUGGAAAACCGCAUUGACUUCAUAUGAGCAACGGGAGAAAGCUCGACCGAGUACUGAAGACGAGGAAGACUGGUCCAUCACUCUUGGAAAGAUUCGUUGCUUGCAUGCGCUUCAGGAUUGGCAGGCUCUCUCCGGCAUUUCGGAAGAGAAAUGGAGCCACGCAUCUCUUGAGCACCAGCGAGCCAUUGCACCCUUGGCUGUUACUGCGGCAUGGCGACUCAAGAAUUGGGACCUCAUACAGACUCUGCUGCAUGGCAUCAAACCUGGGACUGCAGAUCGGAGUUUUUUCGGUGCUGUGCUCGCAGUACAUCAUGAUGAAUUUGAUAUCGCUGCUGUGCACAUCUCGGAAGCGCAAAAGAGGUUGGACCCCGAGCUUACGGUUAUGCUUGAUGAAUCGUAUGGUCGCUCGUAUGAUGUCUUGGUACGCCUGCAAAUGCUAGCUGAACUGGAUGAAAUCAUCAUCUACAAGAAGUCUCGCGACUCGGAGAAGCGACGGCAGAUCCAUGAGAUGUGGAACCAGCGCCUCCUGGGGUGCCAACGAAGUGUGGAAGUCUGGCAGCGUAUUUUGAACUUGCGGGCUCUUUCUGGGUGCUCGGUUCUUGAGGACCUUGCGGUUUGGAUCAAGUUUGCCAACAUGUGUCGGAAGGAAAAUCAUCUGAAAUUGGCCGAAAGUACGAUACGAUCCAUUGAGGAGGCCACAUCCGAUGCUCCGCGGUUAUCGCGACCUGAGAUCAAGCUUGCUCGUCUCAAGAUUGACUGGCAGCUUGGGUGUCAACGGGAAGCACUUGAUGGAUUGAAAUUGCUCACAAAAGAAUUAGAACAGCAGCUCUCUCAUGCCAAAGGUUCGAUGUCUCCAGCCAAAGAGUCGGGCUGUGUGAAUAGCUUCGCAAACCCCAGGAAAGUUGUUUCGAAGUGUUAUCGCACUCUCGCAAUCUGGCAGACAGCUUUGAACCAGGGAGACUGGACUGAAAAAAAGAUCGACGCAAUCCUGGGCGCUUACCACGCAUCAAUGACAAACGAUCGCAAUUCCUACAAGGCAUGCCAUGUUUGGGCCCUGGCCGCCUACAAGACAGCACGAUUGACUGCCAGAGACGCCUCCCCAAGCCAACAAAUCCCUGAGAGUACACUUCGUGGCUUCAUUAUUACGGCCAUAGAGGCACUUUAUAAGUCCAUUUCCUUGUCCUCCACCUCACCUUUGCAGGAUGUUCUCAGAAUCCUGAAUCUUUGGUUUAAGCAUGGCAACGACCGAGAGGUGAUCAACGCAAUCAUUGAAGGUUUCUCACUUAUCGGUCUAGAUGCCUGGCUUGGAGUUAGUCCUCAGUUGGUCGCUCGUAUCACCAGCCCUACUCAACUUGUGAGAGCCAGUGUGCAGCGAUUGCUCACGGAGGUGGCCAAGUCCCAUCCGCAGGCCUUAAUAUAUCCAUUGACGGUCGCGAUGAAGUCUCGGGUUGCUCGGCGUUCAGGAUCUGCUUGCGAUAUUAUUGGAAGCAUGCGGCGACAUAGCCCAACGCUCGUUCUGCAGGCUGACGUAGUCAGCCACGAGCUAAUUCGCGUUGCCGCGUUGUGGUAUGAACUCUGGUUCGAGGGGCUUGAGGAUGCUUCCAGGAUGUAUUUCAGCCAUAAGAAUAUCCACGGGAUGUUCCGAAUACUUCAGCCUUUGCAUGCAAUGAUGGAGGCAGGCCCAGUGACGCUAAACGAAGUCGCCUUCGUUCACUCCUUUGGCCGCAGUCUCACAGAGGCGAAUCACUACUGCCUGGCGUAUUUGGAAACCGACGAAAUCGGGCACCUCAACCACGCAUGGAGCCUGUACAGUUCUGUCUAUCGCCGCAUUCGCGAUCAACGGCCUUUGAUGCUUCAGCUUGAUCUGGGAACAAUCUCGCCGAAGCUUAAAACCUGUGAGAAUCUUGAUAUUGUAGUUCCCGGCACCUAUCGCAACCAGCCCAGCUCGGUAGUCAAGGUUGUGCGCUUCGAUCCCAAUUUACAGGUUUUCCAGAGCAAAAAGCGGCCACGCAAGCUAAAGAUUGUUGGCGAUGAUGGAAACGUUUAUUUGUACCUUCUGAAGGGCCAAGAGGAUAUCCGCCAGGACGAGCGUGUCAUGCAACUCUUCGGUCUUGUCAACACCCUCUUCGCAGGUGAUUCGGACAGUGUUCAGCGGCAGCUAGUGGUCCAACCUUUCCCAGCUAUUCCGCUAUCUCAAAGCUCGGGUCUUCUAGGGUGGGUUUCAAAUAGCGAUACCUUCCACGGCCUGGUCAAAGAGUAUCGCGAAACCCGCCAGAUACCCGUGAACCUCGAGUACCAGCUCAUGCUGCGGAUGAGUUCCGACUACGAUAAGCUACCCCUACUCGCCAAAGUUGAGGUUUUCCAAAAUGCUCUGGCCAACACAAAAGGCAAAGACCUCUACCAAGUACUGUGGUUGAGAAACACCAGUUCAGAAGCCUGGCUGAGCCAUCGAACUCACUACACACGCUCCUUGGCCGUGAUGUCCAUCGUCGGGUAUAUCCUGGGCCUGGGCGAUCGACAUCCGUCGAACUUGCUCUUGCAUCGCCACACCGGGAACAUCGUGCAUGUUGAUUUUGGCGACUGCUUUGAUGUCGCGUCGCAGCGUGAUAACUAUCCUGAAAGGGUUCCUUUCCGUCUUACGCGCAUGCUGGUUGUCGCCAUGGGGGUUGGGAAUCUGGAAGGAAACUUUCGCGCAGCGUGUGAAAUUGUCAUGCGAGUUCUGAGAACGCAUAAGGAUUCAAUUAUGACCAUUCUUGCAGCGUUCCUCCACGACCCGCUUUUGAAUUGGCAAAUGGGAUCACACUACCCUACGCAACAACCCGGCGAGGUCGAUCAUUUGGCAGAUCUUGCCCAAUCCACACCAGUGCCCUCCUCUCAUAUGUCGUCUGUCAUCGGCGCCGGCGUUCUUGAUCCGCAGCCGCAACAAGGAGUGAACAACAAUACUGCAGCCGGCGAAGGGGGCCUCAAUGCUUACGCCAUUGAAGUCCUCACGAGGGUUCGGGACAAGCUGACCGGGCGGGAUUUCAGAAAAGGCCAAUUGGAAGUUGAAGACCAGGUCAGGAAGCUGAUUGAGGAGGCCACUAAUCUCGAGAAUCUCUGUCAGCACUACAUCGGAUGGUGUUCGCAUUGGUGAUGGCGUCUGGUCGGUUUACCGGAGUAUUGGUAUUUGCUUGGGUGGAUAUUGUCGUUGGAUUGGCGUUUCAUACCCUGGUUUCUCCGGAUUUGAGUGAUUGUCUCGGUGUUAUGUAUAUGAUGCGAUUCAAAUCUUUGUGCUUGGUUCUGGGGUCAUGUAUUUGCUUGGGCGUGAUGUUUAGGUACAUUUUCAGGACGUAUUUG